GUUGGUGCUGGGGGGUCAGAGGAGGACUGAGAGUGUCAUCAGCCGGCUAGUAGUAAAGCAUUGAAGUUCUAGCAGCGGUGUUUUACAGAGGGAUUCAGCGGACAGUGGGACUGUGUUUAAGGCUGGCUCUGAACCACAUGGGGCCCACAAACCUCCUCCACCAGAGCCCCAAAAGAGCGGGUAAAUAAUGCUAACUAUGCUAACUCUCUUCAACUGCCUCUAGCUUUAGCCGUCAGCCAGCGCUUGCAUCAUGGAGUGUGUGUGUGUGUGUGUGUGUGUGUGUGUGUGUGUGUGUGUGUGCGUGUGUGUGCGUGCGCGCGCGCUUGCGUGUAUGUGUGUUCCCUGGCUGAACCCUGUGCUGCCCAGUUGUCCACUUGUCAUACCACGUGUGUGUGUAUGUGUGUGUGUGUGUGUGUGUGUGUGUGUGUGUGUGUGUGCGUGUGUUUGUGUACUCUAAAGUUCACUGGAGCAGCCUGCAGGCUCUAUGUGCUGUAUGUGCAGUUAGAGUAAAUCUAUUGUUGUAGUGUAAUAAGAUGGUGGUGUAUUGACACUAUAGGCUGAUGACAUGUUCAGCUCUGCAGACUGACAGACUCUGUUAUACACAGAUUAUUAUUACUAGGAUCACAGAGAAGCCUGCCUGCUUUAUUAUCACAGUUUGAAUGAGUUAGUACUACAGUCUGCAAACUUGAGUAACCUUUUAAAGAAAAAGUUAUUCUGCUUUUCUGUUUGACAUCAGAGUUGCGUUUGCUUGAUAUAAUUAAAAGUCAGUGUAUGAAUGGAAGCCAUCACAUUAGUUAUUACAGUCAUCAGAGUUAAGCAGCUGUUUUUAUCAACUCUGGGGCCCCUGUGGACAGGACAGUUUUUGCUUAACCAUGUUGUGUCUCCUGACAAAAAAGUCUCAUCUUGCUGACUUUGAACAGUCAAAAGUAUCUUUUCUGUCAACAUUUAAUGUGGAAAAGUAUAAAAGAGCUGAUUCUCCAGCAGCAUCAUGGACUCCUACCCUCUAGUUCUGAAAAUUACUGUAUAAAGAUGGUCUGUCUUGUUGCUGGUGGUCUUGUUUUCUUUAAUAUAUCAUUAAAAGGCAACAAGAUGAAUUUCAGUUGAUUGUUUGAUAAAAAAGGAAACAUCAUCCUGUUUUAUUUUUUUGUGAAUAUUUAUCAGUUGAUGUUUUUUCAUUGUCUCACUGUACAUGUUAUUAACCUCCACAAGUGUGAACAAUUUCCACUACUAUUCCCACAGUAUGCAGGAGUGCGUUAGAAUCAGAGCUGCGAGCUGUGCUGCAGCAAAGGAUCAUGGUCCUGGACGGAGGGAUGGGGACAAUGAUCCAGCAGCACAAACUGGAAGAGGAAGACUUCAGAGGAGACGAGUUUAAGGACCAUCCUCUUCCUCUGAAGGGAAACAACGACCUGCUGAGCAUCACACAGCCACACAUCAUCUAUAACAUACACAAGGUGAAUGAAAAUACACAAAAGAUACACAUGAAUAUACGACAACAACCCGCUGAGCACCGUAAGUUAGUAAGACACUUAGCCCCAAACUGCUCCCAGUGAGACAGUCAUAAUCAGUGCACAGUGUGUGACCUUUGACCUCCUGCGGUUUCAGGAGUACCUGCUGGCUGGCGCCGACAUCAUUGAGACCAACACCUUCAGCAGCACCUGCACAGCUCAGGCAGACUACGGGCUGGAACACCUGGUGAGACUCAGUCUGAAGCCGACUCUGAGACACCUGCAGAACACGCAUACACACCUAUACACACACCUAUACACACACACACACACACACACACACACACACACACACACACACACACACACACACACACACACACACACACACACUGAUCAUCUUCUGUGGACAGCACACAAACAAAGAUCAACAGUAGGCAGGUGUUUAAUAACUGCUGUCAAUCAUCCUCCUUCAUCUGACCCUCAGGUGUUUUCUCUUCACCUCCUUCUUCAUUGAUUUUAUCUUCACCUGAAACAUGACCCCCUCCUCUCCCACACUCAGUCUUUUGGUCUUUACGGAUAUAGUUAUGUCAGUUCAGGAGUUAAAGGAGCAGUACGCACAAUAUCUACAGUAUCUGAUCCUAAAAUCACCUUAAUACAUCAUCUGAGCCUCAGGAAACCUGCUCAUUUGAAGUACUACAGCUGCCAGCAUCUCCUCCUCCAAAGAUAACACCAUUAUUAACAUGUUAUCUGUUAAAAUGAGCAUCAGGUUGAAAGGAUCUAAAAAGAAGCAAGUCUGGCAGUCACUCCACAGGUGAAGAGAGGAGAGCAGGGAGAGGACGGUGUAAGAAUACUUAUCUUGAGGUGAAAUCUUGGAUUCAUUUUCGUGAGUAUUAUCAGCUUAAAAAUUAGGUCAAAGUGAAGUGAUGCAGGGUCCCUUUGAGAAGAGUACAUAUUGGCUGUCUAAAUAUUGCUGCAUGCUUUAGUAAACAAAAAAAAAGAAGGCUAAACUGGUUUUCUACUUACUGAGCUUUUGUAACAGUUUCCAAGUUUUCAGAGGUUUUAAGGUUUUUUUAGACGCUGGCAUGGACACAUAGACUUAAGGACAACAAGGCACGUUACAUAAUAAGGGACAGGGGGGCACACAGGACAUCACAGUACCAACAAUAAGGACAAAGCACACAGGACAACACAGACGCAGAUGAGGCAUGUGUGACAUUUAUGAAGAAGUCAGGAGAAUUAUUCCCUACACUUACUGGUAAUGCUUUAUAUUAGGCUGCAUAUAUUAACACCCAAUUAGCUUUUUAUUAGCAUGUUAAUUAGUAUCAAGUUGGCUCUUGAUUAGUCAUUAUUAAGCGCUUACUGAGACCUUAUUCUCCAUGACCAUGAACUAGUGUGAGCCAUUAAGGGCUCAUGAAGAUAAGUGAACCACAGAUUGUCAUUUGUCAAAGUGUGUUCUUAAGUCUAUGACAUCUUUGUGUGUUUGUAUGUAUGUGUGUGUGUUUCAGGCGUAUCGUCUGAACAGAGCGUCUGCCGAGCUGGCGAGGAGGGCAGCUGAUGAUGUCACCAAACAGACUGGUCUGAUUUAUUCUUACUAAUCUGUCAGAGCAGAGUGACUUUGAUGUUCAAUGUUUUAUUUGGGCCUGUCAUGAGUGUCUUCAUGUCUGUAACAUUAACUGUAAUCUGUAUGUGUGUGUGUGUGUUAGCAGGUUGUAAACGAUACGUGGCUGGAGCGGUGGGUCCGACCAAUAAGACACUGUCUGUGUCCCCGUCUGUGGAGAGACCCGACUACAGGAACAUCUGUAAGAUGGGGAGGGGGUCUCUGCACAAUAAUGGAGUGUGUGAAUAAAUGAUUAGAGGGGUGUAGAGGGACAAGACAGGGCCCUGGAACAUGAAUAAAAACACAACAUGGUUCAGGAGACAUCACAGUAUAUAUGUUAUCCUGCCAAAACGGACACACAGUCAGUUGACUUUAAUGUGGUAGUAAUGGACAUGUGUAUGUAGUCAGAAGAGAUAGUUUUGAGUUAAAGUGGAUCGUUUAAAAGGGAAUAAACAAUGUCCCCGCCUCUGUGUAGUGAAUUUCCCAUUAUACCAGGCUUUACCCAGAUGUGUUUUUGUGUUUGUUUAGCCUUUGAUGAGCUGGUGGAGGCUUACUCAGAGCAGGUCAGAGGGCUGUUAGAUGGAGGAGCAGACAUCCUGUUGGUAGAAACCAUCUUCGACACCGCCAACGCCAAGGUAGCUCUCACUUGAUUGGUUUGAACCUGUUCACCUCAAGACAGGAAGAACAGGAAUGCUAAAAACAGACACCAAGCUUGAUUUAUAGUCAUACAGAGCAUGCAAUAGUAGUUUUGGUGCACUGAUUGGUAUUGGCCGAUAAAUUAUAGUUUUAACUCUAGUUUGCGGUAAAAUUGUGAAUUCAUGUUUAACAUGUAAAAAAAAGGACAGAUUGACUGAAAAAACUAAAAUCUGUUCAUGAUGCAAACAGACUUAAAGUGCUAAUAAGCAAAUAGAGUGAUUACCUACAUUAUAUGUCAGCUUUGGUCUUUUAUAAAGUGAUUGCUCUCCACACUUGUAUGCGUUUUCUCUACAGGCAGCUCUAUUUGCCAUUGAGCUGAUGUUCGACAAGAGCCAUGAAAGAAAACCCAUAUUUGUAAGUCACUCCUCGGUUCAUCUCUCUCUUUCUUUAACUCCCUCUAUCAGUCUUUCUAAACCCAGCUCAGUCUCAGUAGAUGACUGUCUAACAUGAGUCUGGUUCUGCUCGAGGUUUCUGUCUGUUAAAGCCAUCACCCUGCUUUGAUUCUCUGUAAUAGUUGCAGCAUUACCUUAUGCUGCACAAUAUUUAUCAGCUCUAGCUUAAAUAUAUUACGCUCUGAGUUAGUUGCCAUGGUUUCCUGUACACAAACAAGCUGAGAACAUUGACUUGAAACUGUUGAUAUGAUGAGCUUAGACAUGGCACUGCUGACUAGCGUUUAGGAAGAGUGCUGCAGAAUGACACGGACACUCCAACACAGGAGUGUGUAGUGCUCUUGAAUGUGUAGGUUCAAGGCAGAAGCAUAAACCAGUCUUCAAACAUGGAGGAAGUGUUUUAAGUUGUCAUUGUUUUCUUGCUUGUUUUUUCUCAGCUCAGAUUUAUUCAUUUCUGUCCGACAUUAUGUCAGUAUGUCAGGGACAACUGUUGACUGCAGUUUACAACAUGAAUAUGAUCUGUUUGAUUAGAGUAUUCAGAAUAAGAUGUUGUGUACCUGACAGACGCUCUUGUCCUUGACCUUGUUUCAGGUGUCAGGGACCAUCGUGGAUCGCAGUGGACGCACUCUAUCGGGUCAGACAGGAGAGGCUUUUGUAGUGAGUGUGUCCCACGCCAAACCUUUGUGGUGAGAUACUCUUCACUAUCACGUAGAAAUACUUUUACUUCUACUAACUAAAUUACACACAACUACAGUGAAAUCCACAAAUACUCUUCAUACUUUCAACACUGAUUGGCUUUAUGUUCACUCCAGAGAGACUAAGUUUGCCAUAUACUGUAAAUCUAUAAAUUCAACAUAAGUUCACUUGUACUAACUUCAUGUUACUCUCUCUUUAUCAUUGUUUUAGUAUCGGUCUGAACUGUGCUCUGGGGGCCACAGAGAUGAGACCCUUCAUUGAGGCUAUUGGACAAAGCACCACAGCUUUCAUUAUCUGUUACCCCAACGCAGGUAAAACACAUUAAGAAUAAUUAUCAAGUUGAAAUAUUAGCAGAAAGAAUAAAAAUGUUUAAAAAAAGAAAAAUACAGUUUUUAAUGUUACAUUCAAAAGUUGAAUUGUUUAUAAACUGAUCCUGACUGAACAUUACAGAGGUCUAUGAUAAUCUUAGUUCUCUGACUUAAGUCAGGUUUCAACACCUCUUCAAAAUAAAAGCAUGAUUUAAUGCGUGUGUCUGUUCCAUAUUCAGACUCAUAAAUCAGAGUGAACAUGAAACAUGAAAUCCUCCUGUCAGACAUAUACAGAUUAUUACAAACCGCUCACUUGAAGAAUAAUCUAAUAUGAUUUAUCAGACUACCUGGAUGAUGUCAUGAUGAGGUGUGUGUGUGUGUGUGUGUGUGUUUGUGUGUGUAUCCUCAGGUCUUCCAAACACAUUUGGAGGUUAUGAUGAAACUCCACAGGUCACAGCUGCACAUUUAAAGGUCCUUUUCUACGCUUGUCACGUUUCAUUUCAUUUCAUUAUUUUACUUUUUUAUUUCAGUUUUUUAUUUUCUUGUUUUUACAUCUUAUAUAUAUUUAAUUUUUUCAUUUAUAACAGUGUUUCAUUUUUAAAUUUAUUCUGUUGUAUCGUAGUGAUUUAGUUUUACCUAAUUAAAUUUUCUUUAAAAAGUAUAAUUUUGGACAAAUUUAAUGCAACAUUGUACCUUAUUAUUUAAUUUGAAACUUUUUAAUCUUUACAUUUUAUAUGUUAUCUUACUUUCGAAUAUGUUAAUUAAUUUUGUAGUUCUUAAUUUGCCUUUUUAUUUUUGUUGUUUUUUUUUUCUUUAUACUGUAUUAAUUUUAUUCUCGUUUAUUAAUCUUCAUCAAAAAAUUAUUUUAUUUACUUAAUUAGAUUUAUUCUGCCUGAGCAACUUUCUGAAAAGGCAAAAUGAUGAACAACCACCAUCUUACACUCUACAUACGAACACAAAACAAAAUAAGAAAUUAAAAACACACAGAGAGUCUUUUAAUACUGUAAUGGCAAUAAUCAUUAAAUGAGUUAACAGGAAAGGAAAAAAAGGAAAAGAACAAAAAAAAAAAUCUGAUGUCCCUGUUAUAACGUUUACUGGAGUCAGGGCUUGGUUUGUUUAGCUCAACAGUUUAAGACUGGAAACAAACUGAGACUCCGAGCCUGCUCUGCCUGAAGAGCAAAAACAACCUCUGCACUUAGAUCUACAUUGACUUUGGUCCAAAUGAAACUGAUCUAUCACCUCUCAGCUGCAGCUGGUCCUCAUUUUGUGUAUAUUGUGCAGGAGUUCGCUGAGGACGGUCUUGUGAACAUUGUUGGAGGAUGUUGUGGGACGACUCCAGCACACAUCAGGUUUCUGACAUGUUUCUGUUGAUCUCUUAACUUGAACUCAGCGUGAAGCCUUUCAGUAAUAAUUCCAUUCAACUCUGUCCUCACACAGAGCCAUAUCAGAGGCAGUCAGACUCUGCAGACCCAGAGCUCCCGCUGCUGAUAUUUAUCAGGACUACAUGCUACUGUCAGGUCAGAGACGUGUGAAACACAGGGGAGGGCUGUAUGGAAACUUUGUCUUAGAUGUGUGGGUGAAGGGUGAAAGGUACCUCAGAUAGAAGAGCUUUAGGGGGUGUUAGAAAUAAAUGUGAGACCUGGACUACUCUGCAUGAUGACUAUAAUAAUAAGAAGCUUUUUCAGUGAAUGCAUGAUGCCUCUGCUUUUGUUUGAAUUCCAUCAUUAAUUGACAUUCAUGGUCUAAAAUAAACAGUAACACAUAUUUAUCAUCUGCAGGUCUGGAGCCGUUCAGGAUCGGUCCUUACACAAACUUUGUAAACAUCGGCGAGCGCUGUAACGUGGCUGGAUCACGAAAGUUUGCCAAACUGAUCAUGGCAGGUAACUACGAGGUGAGACUUUAAGUGAAAUGAAUUUUAUCUGUUUAUGUAAUAUGUUAACCUCUGAUUUUAAACACCUUUGUGCUCUGUGUGUGUACCUCCAGGAGGCUCUGAGCAUAGCCAAGGCUCAGGUGGAGAUGGGGGCUCAGGUUCUGGAUAUAAACAUGGAUGAGGGGAUGUUGGAAGGACCAGCCGCCAUGACCCGUUUCUGUAACUACAUCGCCUCUGAGCCCGACAUCGCACGGGUACGUGGGCUAAAGAUGGGAGCAUACACUUAAUCAGAGAAAAGAUUUGGUUCAAACCCCUUUAUUCGUAAUUAAAAGCUGACUACCAGAGGAACAUGCAUUGACUUUGACAGCCUAAGAACUGGUGACUGACUAACUAAACUGUAUCAUUAAAAAUCUGUUAUUAAAACAGCGAACCCCUGUCUUUCAGGUCCCUCUGUGCAUCGACUCGUCCAACUUCUCUGUGAUUGAGGCGGGUUUAAAGUGCUGUCAGGGGAAAUGUGUCGUCAACAGCAUCAGUCUGAAGGAAGGGGAGGACGAAUUCCUGCAGCGAGCUGCCACUGUCAAACGCUACGGAGCUGCUGUUGUUGUCAUGGCGUUCGACGAGGAGGGACAGGUAAGAGAAAAACAUGCAGAAAGACACUUCAUCAAAUAACAGUCCAGUUGGGCUUUAAUUGUUUGUUUUUGCAAGAGUACUUUCGUCAAACAAUCAUUUUUACAUGUGAUGUUCUCAUGUGAAGGUGAUCACCUGGUGGUCGUUUCUUAUAAGCAGGUCACACCUACAUUGUUGGUGAAACGGUGAUGAAAGCCAAGAGCUGAACGCUGCUGUUUAUCCCAAUGAUUGAAGUUUUUGGACUUCAUUAUGACACCUUCUUCCUUUUUAAAUCGCCCAUAACCAUAACCCUCAUUUUCCACCACAUCCGAAACGGUGGCGAAAAGGCCGUCAGCGCCGAUUACCACUGAUCAUUUCCAUUCAAGUUUAUGUGUCAAUUUCCACCGGCUUCUUUCUGUUCAGUGAGGUUCACAGCUGAUCGCCAGUGUUCUAUUUUUUAAACACGCCACAGCAUGCCGCAUAAAUUCAGCACAGGUUAGCCGAUGCUUAAAAGGAAGUUGGGCACAGACACAAAAUAAAACUACUGCUUAUAUGGUCAUGUGGCUGUCAUUAUAGAGACAAUUUGUUAUCACGUGGUUGCAUGUGGAUCCACGGGUUUUGUGGUUAAUGGAGGACAAUACACUCAGUCUUGUUAGGCUUUUGAUAAGAUAGCAGACAGCUAGCUAGUUUUAACUUCCUACCAAGACUGUCGACAGACCUAAUACUGACAUGCACUUAAAAAUCAGUCAAUGACUACUGUGUGUCAAAGAUGAAUGUUGUCCUCUGUGAGCCUCAGACACCCUUUAAUAAAAAGACCCACUCUCACAAAAAAGCACACUGAUCCUUUUGAUAAAUCAUCUGCAGGCCACAGACACGGAACGUAAGGUGGAGAUCUGCACUCGAGCCUACAACCUGCUGGUCAGUAAAGUCGGGUUCGACCCCAAUGACAUCAUCUUUGACCCCAACAUCCUGACUAUCGGCACGGGUAUGGAGGAGCACAACGACUACGCCGUCAAUUUCAUCAAAGCCACCAAACUCAUCAAGGUAACCCAUCCAAAGAAAGACCGGUGAGGGUGUUAUAGUUAAGAUUUGAUUUUUCUAAUGCAGAAGAGAACAACAACAACAUCAACAUGUUAUUGUCAUGGUAUACUGUUGAAGAAGUGACAUCACAAAUACCCUUAAUUCAUACUUUUACUGUUGUGUGUGUUUCUGUGUGUGUGUGUGUGUGUGUGUGUGUGUGUGUGUGUGUGUGUGGGUUUGUGUGUGUAGGAGACGUUACCCAGAGCCCGGGUCAGUGGAGGUCUGUCCAACCUGUCGUUCUCAUUCAGAGGGAUGGAGGAGAUCAGAGAGGCCAUGCACGGAGCCUUUCUCUACCAUGCCAUCAAGGUACACACACACACACACACACACACACACACACACACACACAUUAAGUAAAGUAAGAAAAGUAAAGUUAGAUGAAAAUACACUCAGAACUGAUCAGCAGUAUCAGAGCGCUGUAUCUGAAUGAAUCACUCUGUCUGCCUGGUGGUACAUUACACAUUAAACACACAAUAAACUCUGUGGGGAACUGUCUAUAAGUCUGUAACACACCUCCUCACUGUGUGUGUGUGUAUGUGUAGGAUGGUAUGGACAUGGGGAUAGUGAACGCUGGGAAUCUACCUGUGUAUGAUGACAUCGAUAAAGAGCUGCUGUUACUAUGUGAGAACCUGAUCCUCAACAGAGACACCGAGGCUACAGAGAAACUGCUCAACUACGCUCAGGUAACAUGUUCAAACUCACACACACACACACACACACACACACACACACACACACACACACACACACUCAGUGCAUCAGCCAGUAUUUUUGGUGCUUCAGUUUCUGGAUUUCUACUUGAUUUCUGUCGUCUGCAGAACCGAGUGAAAGGAGAGAAGAAGGUGGUUCAGGCAGACGAGUGGAGAAGAGGCGACGUGGAGGAGAGGCUGGAGUACGCUCUCGUAAAGGUAAACAAAGAGAUGGAUCAGAGCUGCACCAGGAAACUCCACUCCUCUUGUAUUUGGAAAUGUUUUUGUUUUUUGAUUAGUUUGCUGCCCAUCCUGUGGUAAAUAACCAACAAUACGUGCUUUAUGACAUCUGUUCUUCUUCAUCUUCUCCUCCUUGUAUCAGGGUAUAGAGAAGUUUGUGGUGGAGGAUGUGGAGGAGUGUCGAGCUCAGGUGGAGCGUUACUCUCGUCCUCUCCACAUCAUCGAGGGGCCUCUGAUGAACGGGAUGAAGGUGGUGGGGGAUCUGUUCGGAGCGGGGAAGAUGUUCCUGCCUCAGGUGAGAGAAAAACUUUCUGCUCACCUUCUUACUGUAUUUUUUUCGUGUUACCAAAAAUUUUUCAAAUGUUUUCAGCUUUCUUUGUGGAAAUUCUAAAAUACUUUAAUAUUUUAAUAUUUUGUUUAUUUAAAAAAAACUUGUUUCCAGCUUUCUUUGUGCAAAUUCUUGAAUAUCUAUUUGUUUUUAGAAUUUGUGUUUUCAAAAUAAAACUUUUCGUUCACCUGAAAUGUUCUUGUGUUUUUUAAAAUUUUUGUCAAGUUAAGAAAAUUUAUUUACACUUAGUAAAAUGUUUUUGUGUUUUUUUUUUAUGACGUAUUUAAUUGCCUGUCUGAAAUAUUUGUGCCACUGACCUUCAGGGCCACCGUAGUAGAUCUAGAUCAGGAUAUUGCACUUUUUAUCUUAUGCUGCAUGAAUAAAAACCAUUUUUAAUUACAGUCAAUAUUUAAUGCUGCAGAAAUAUCAGACGUUUUGAUUAUUUACUCUCUUUUCUCUGAAGCUCUCGUGAAGAACUUGAUACCAAAACUCUUUAGACCACUUUUCCAAGUGUUCUCAUCCAGAUAGAUGCUUUUUUCCAGUUCUGAUGUGAUCUCAAAUAUCAUACGUGAUGUCCAAGUAAAUAUGGUCCAAAGUACUAAAAUGCAGUUGUGUGUGCGUGUGUUUGUGUGUGUGCAGGUGAUCAAGUCAGCUCGUGUGAUGAAGAAGGCGGUGGGAUAUCUGAUUCCCUUCAUGGAGAAAGAGAGAGAGGAGAUGAAGGCUCUGUCAGGAUCCACAGAGGAUGUGGUCAGUCUGCGGGUCUAAUAAAUAGACUGUAUAUAUGAAUAUGAUCAGUAUUACUCAGUUUUACUGGUGGAAACAUGUAGGAGAUGUCAUAGUUCUCUAUAGAUGUCACGGCACCACAUAGACUCAGCACAUUUCCUCUGAACUCUAGAAGAUAUGAUCUCAUUUUUACAUCCAUCAUCCUGAGAAAACAUGUUGAUUAAUAUGUUUUUGAAAUAAAAGUUGAUAGAUGACAGAAAAAAAGCUUGUAUCAGGUUAGUAUUAUAUAAAGAAACUCUGGUGAAUCAUGAAUUUCCUCCUCCUGACGUCAGUGUUGGAUAAGCAGUCCGUGAUUUACAGACAUUUAUGAUUGAAACUACAGAAGAGCUGCACAACAUCCACUUAGUUUCUGAGGGCAGCAUUACACUCUUCAGCGUACAGCCUGCUGGAAAUUGAUGAUAAGAAGUAGAUAUGUACAUCUGGUGAACUUCAACAGAGUAAACAAUUGUUUUUUUUCUGUAGGCUAAAAUCAACUAGUGUCUUAACAUUAAGAAACUAAAAACUGAAACUCAACAAAUCUGACUUUUUCAGCUAUCAUUUAGCUGAACUUACACAUGUGAUCACCUGCUAUGGGACGAUAUGUUACAUCUAAUAAUGAAGUGUUGGACAGUCUUGUUGCGUACUUUUCUUUUUUGUCUGAUGUUCUGCUUUUAUUUCACAGUUAUUCAUUCAAUCAAUCAAAACAUUCAAUCUGGUCCACAGCUUCAUAAGGCUCUUCAAGAGUCACUUCACCAAAGUGUCUCUUCAUCUUCAGAGUAGAUUUAAAAGAUUAAUUGUGGCUCUUCUUGACAGCAGUGCUUCACAAUCAGAGUGGCGCUGAGCAUCAAAGGUGGUUAGAAAUCUUUAUGUCUUAGAGCUUUAAGUGAAAGUGAGUGAGUUAAAGUCUUAACAAAGUGAAGAAUAAAACUCAUAAAAUCCAUCAAAAAUGCCUUAAUUUAGUCGCUCAUUCUACCGACAGUUUCUGUGUUUGUUCAGGUGUGAAGCUGAUGAUGUGACAGUGAAUUCAAAGAGAUGGUCACAGUGUUUCCAGCUUCAAAGUUUAUGAAUUAGAUAAAUGUUGCUCCAAAGUUUCCCCCUCUACCCCUCAGGAUCCGUAUCAGGGCACCAUCGUCCUGGCUACAGUGAAAGGAGACGUCCACGACAUCGGGAAGAACAUUGUAGGCGUGGUGCUCGGGUGCAACAACUUCAGGUCAGACCGGUUCACUGCUGCAGGUUCUUACAGGAGCAUCAGAUGGUUUAUAUGACACACUUUUACCUGUAUUUCCAUCAAACAGCAGUCAGAGCAGAGUUGCAUGUACAAUCUGAUGUCAGACUCUCUGUAUGAACGCUACAGCAUGUUAUCAUCCUCUUUGUGUUUGUAAGCUCAACUUUAAGCCCUCUGAACGCUUCACCUCACAUCGCCUUUUCAUCCCUGCGGUGAUGCAUCAUGGGAGAAAAGGGGCAGGGUUCAUUUGUUGCCGGGCCAUGUGUCCAGGCUGAGACAUGGUGCUUUUAUUUUGAAGGAUAUUUGACCAAAACACUAAUAGUGUCAGCAGUGGGAUGUGCUGAAGUCCAUAUUUAUGUCAACUUUUCAUGAUCAGAGUCAAAGAAUCAGUUUUGAUUCUUUUAUUUCUUCACAGUAAAUAUAGAAAAAGAAAAAAGGUACAAAGUAAAAACAAAGUAAAACAGCGGCACUACUGUCAGGAAAUGUAAAUAAAAGAUUAGAUAAUCAAUGUAAAUGAGAGAAUAUUCUGUAAAUAUGGAUAACAGGUGUAUCUAAAUAAAUGGAAAAACAAGAAAUGUCAAUAUUUUACAUGAAACAAUAAUUGAACUUGAGUUUUUCUCAACUCAUUUUAUGUAAACUUAAAUCUUUAAGGUGUUUUUCUGAAGUAAUUUAGAUAGUUGUUGUCAACUGCUCCAAAUUUUAAAAUACAAACUCGAAAAUUAGAAUAUUUUAUAUCAAUUUCAAGGUAAACAACAUUUAAACAUUACAGUUAUGAAGUCAAGAACUCAGGGGAGCUUCACAAGGAGUGGACUGAGCAUCACAAGCACAGAAUCAGAGUCCAAGUCCAGCCUGAAGUUUCCACAGUCUGUGAUGGUUUGGGGUGCCGUGUCAUCUGCUGCUGUUGGUCUACUGUCUUUUAUCAAGUCCAGAGUCAGUGUCUGAGAUUUAGAUUUAAAAAACAAAGAGAAAAUUCAAAAGCAGUAGCUUUUCUCUGUAGGGGGAGAACCUUUUUUUUAAAUUAAAACACCUGAUAUCUGUUAAAGUCAUAUGAACAUUGUUUUCUGAUGUUUCAGGGUGAUCGAUCUGGGUGUGAUGGUUCCUUGUGAUCAGAUCCUCAGAGAGGCCAUCAGGCACAAAGCAGGUACUGUCAUCACUUUGAUUUAAAGGUACAGUGCACAGAAAUGUGGAUAUUUAGCAGGGUCCAGCUGCCAGAUUCCAGAUCAAAAUGCUCCCCCUGUUCACCCCGGUGAAGCAACAGUGGCCUUUCCCCUGUUUGACCAUGUUAACACACACACCCUCACUGUUUAGUCAUCUAUUCUGCAUCAUCUUCAUCGUUUAUAAAUAUCUGUCUUUGCAGAUAUCAUUGGUCUGUCCGGUCUGAUCACUCCAUCUCUGGAUGAGAUGAUCCAUGUAGCCAAAGAGAUGCAGAGACUGAACAUGAACACCCCUCUGCUGAUAGGAGGCGCCACCACCUCCAAGUAAGAUACACACUCACACAUACACACGGGUGGUGUAAGUUCAGCACUGCUCUGUGUUUAAAGAGUCCUGAAAUAACCUCUGAUCAUAUAAAGAAUGAUGAGUCAAACUGUGUUAAGAUAUGCAGCAAGUGUCAGCUCACCUGUGGUCUCACCUCUUUAUCACUGUGGAGUCAGAGCAGCUGUCAGAGCUGAACUCUGUGAGGUCAAAGCAGGAGAGAGCUGACAGUAAACUGAAAGUUUCAUGGAAUAAAAAGAUGGUAGUUUAUUAAUAUUUGUAUAAUAGUGACAAAACAGCAACCCUGAUCCAUAACCAAUCUAUAAACUGCAUUUAGAUGCUUGAUCACACCUGGAAAUGCUAACAGCCGUUACUUGCAGUGUAGCUGCAGCACGACUUCUACUACACCAUCUGUCUUGUCGCCUUUUCCUCAGUCUCAUAGUCGCGUCUCUCAGCACCACCUUUAUCACGCCUCUUGUACCUUGAGAUUUUCUUCGUUUAUACUCGUGACUUUGGAAGGACAGAGCGCUCUUUGCUCUGGGUGAGGGUGCUCUGUGACGGAACAUAUUUCAGAGAGCAAAAAGAAAAAUCAACCCUGCUGUACUUUCUGCUGGGAGAUUGUGAAGCGUCUGAAAUGUGAUUCUGCUUGUUGUAAAAUACAGCACUGUACUCAAGACAAAAUGAUCAGUAUUUUAGGCCAGCAGGUCCUGACACCUUAAUCUGCCCGAUCCAACUACAGUCAUGUUUAGAAACUCCACCCAGCCUACUUUGUCCCCAAAACGGAAAUGCUGAUAAGUGUUCAUAAGAUAAUAAUUUUUUAAAGCAGCAACAUUGAAGAAUGGCUAAUGAAAACAAAGCUGUGAAACAAAGAUAGAAGAUGUUCUUUUCUUCCUUCGAAGCUGCAGUGACCUUCCAGAGAAUUAGUGAACAUGAUCACACAUGCAAGGAGAUGCCAGAUUUGAAUAUUUGGCUUUUAAGUCUUUUAAAAUUAGCUGAAUUUUAUACUAAAUGAAAUCUUGACAUUGUAACUCCCUGGAUGUUUUCUUAUUCUGUCUUCUCUGUGAAAACUCAAGCUUUACUGUAGAAAGAAUCAUCCUUUAACAGCUCUGUGUGUGUGUGUUUUGUGCUGUUAGGACACACACAGCGGUGAAGAUCGCUCCUCGGUACUCAUCUCCCGUGAUUCAUGUUCUGGACGCCUCCAGGAGUGUGGUGGUGGUGAGAAAAAACACCUGAGAUAUCUACCUGAGACUGAUGUGUAGUCAAGAUUAAUCUCCAGUGAUUAGAAACAUAUUCAACAUCAGAUUAUAUCAAUACAAGAAUAAUGACAUCAAGGUGUCCUCACAAGCAGUCUGACGGACCCCAUUUCUAUAGAAAGAAAACCACCUAACAGGGGGUAAUGAGACAAUGAGACAAUGACAAUUUUGUAGAGAUAUAAGCGGCGUGUGUCUGUGUCCCUCUCUCUGUCAGUGCUCUCAGCUGCUGGAUGAGGUGGUGAAGGAGGAAUACUUUGAGGAGCUGAAGGAGGAGUACGAGGAGAUCAGACAGGAGCACUAUGACUCCUUGAAGGUGAGGAGAGGUCACACCUGAGGGCGCACCAGUCCACGGAGAAAGGUCAGAGCUGUGUCGUCACACGGCAGCUGAAUGUGGAGGAGAAGGAUUUAAAAGUUUUUAAUUGCUGAAACUGACAGAAUGAUUUAUUUUACUACUUUGUAAAAAAAAAAAAAAAAGGACAGCCAGAGGUCACAGAGCGAGAGGGGGAGAGAGUGUCCCUCUGAAAAAGCUUUAAAACCACCUAGAAAAAUUUGAAUACAUAUGUCAGUCCACAGCAGAACAAAUCCUUGAGUGUAACUGAAGCAGACACUCAUGGUUUUGGAAAGUUAAACGAGUUUUGUGAUAGUGUUCAUGUGUUCUCUCACCAUUCCUCUCCUACUCUAACAAUCUGGUGCACACAGUGCUGGCCAUAGAGGUGGUGGGCUUUACUGACCUAUACUGCUGCUAGUCAGCAGGGGGAGCUCUGAAUGUUUUAGUUUCACUUUUCAGAGAGUGUCAUGUCCUCAAUAUAUUUGUACAGACCCUGAUGUGAACACAUUCAGAUAACUUCUGAUUAAACUGAACUCAGCUCUCACUCCCCUUCCCCUCCGUGUGUGUGUGCCUGCGUUCAUGUGUUUGCAUUUGUGUGUGUUUGUGUUCCGUAGGACCGUAGGUUUCUGUCUCUGUCUCAGGCCAGAGAAAAAUGUUUACACAUCGAUUGGACAUCUGAGAGCAGACCAGGUCAGUGUUGUUGGAUAUAGUAUGGAACACAUUUCUAUAUAACAGACCGUAGAUGUAUUGUGUAAUACUUAAUCUGUGUGUGUGUGUGUUUGCUUAUGUGUGUGUCAGUGCGUCCUCAGUUCCUGGGUCCCCGUGUGUUUGAGGACUAUGAUCUGAACCGUCUGCUGGACUUUAUCGACUGGAAGCCGUUUUUUGACGUGUGGCAGCUCAGGGGGAAAUACCCCAACAGAGGAUACCCAAAGAUCUUCAACGACAAGGCUGUCGGUACGACCUCUCACUCUGUACAUGAUACUGAAGACAUUCACUGCUGUCUUACUCCAGCUUUACCUUACAUUACUGUGUUGUAAAUUAGUGUGAAUAAUCGUUAAGUUACAAUUUCAAUGAAAAACGGGGGAAUGAAGACAGGAAGAGUGUCCACGUUAUCAACGUCCGGUGGUCUACUAAAUAUAAUAUUUGUGUUUAAUUGCCUUCUUGUGCUGAUAUCAGUAUAUUUUCACCCCGCCUGUACUGUAUCUGAUGCAGGCUUUGGCUCACAGAGCUGCCCUGGUCACAGCAGCUGUUGUAAAACUGAUACUGGUUCAGAUUCCAGUUCAACUCACUAGUUCAGGUUCUUAUCUUCUGAUUCUGAUUUUUUAACAUAAAAUACUGCAUAUUACAUUCCUGAAUGCUGGUGACUCAACAGAGGCAAAGAGGUGUAAGUACGUCACUAGCUGCACUGUUACCAUACAGGGACCCUCCUCCACUUCCUCCUUCUUCAUCUCGCCCUUCGUAGAUAGGGUGUGAGCAUGAUUUCUUUACCUCUGUGUAAAUGCAAAUGUGAGAUGAGAAUUGAUUUGAGCGUGACAUUAGUCCAGCUAUAGUCAAGGUGUUUUAGUGAAUAAGAGACUGCAGCACAUUGAAUCAGUGAAAACAUUAAAUUUACUUAAAUUCAUACCACACUGAAAUAAAGGUUUUGUCAUUUUAGACAUGCCUCUUCCCUCUUUUCAGCCAAACUUUUGGUCCCUGGCUGGUCUGCGAUGAUCCUUUUCUCACAACUUUGUUUAUGGACUGAGACACAAUGUUCAUCAGAAAAGGUGUAAAGAAGAACCAACUGCAAACACCAGGCUAAUGUUUGUUCUUGAAAUAUUUGGAGGUUUUUCUCCCCAAAAAUAACAAAAUCAAGAAUCAAUAAGAACCAGAAUUAGAACUAGAGUCAAUGAAAGUGAAAUGCUCUGCAGCACUCACCUUCUUCUUCAUGUUUGAUGUCUCAGUUUGGGGUCUGACUCUGAGGUCUUAGCAGACCUAUAUGUGAUGUUUGGUGUCUGCUAAGCUGUUGAGUGGUUGUUUCCGUUAAAUCCAGCUCACUAACCUCUCCCUAUCUUAGGUCAGGAGGCGCGGCAGGUCUUCGAUGACGCCCAGCGUCUGCUCCAUCAGAUGAUUGACAGCGGCAGUCUGAGGGGGCGUGGCUUGGUGGGCUUCUGGUGUGCACAGAGUGAUGGUGAUGACAUUCAUGUGUACAGAGAUGAUGUCACAGUGAACAGAGAUACUAAGCCUAUCGCCACCUUUCACGGGCUACGGCAACAGGUGAGGGUUAAACACGGGUGUUACACAGGCAGAGGUAACAGUGAAUUUGAUAUGAUAUAAACAGGUGAAUUCUGGGUAAAUUCAUGAAUAGAGAAUUGACCUUUAGAGUUCUAACCCGUUUUAGCGCUGCUUUAAAGUGAGACACAGCAACAUGAGGCUCUAUGGGGAUUGACUCACUUUAAGAGACUGUCUCUAGUGGACACUAGAGGAACUGCAGCUCUGUUUCUGACUCAUUAUUUCCAGGUCUUACUUUGGUCUCUUGUAUUACUAUGUGAUGAAUCAGUGUUACUCUGUUUUUCAGGUGGAGAAGGCUGAUGGCUCCGGCCCCUACCUGUGCAUCUCAGACUUUGUGGCCCCUGCAGACAGCAGGGUGGAGGACUACGUGGGUCUGUUUGCUGUGGGGGUGUUUGGAGCUGAGGAGCUGAGUCAGCAGUUUCAGGAUCAGGGCGAUGACUACAACAGCAUCAUGGUCAAAGCCCUGGCUGACCGGCUAGCUGAGGUACUUUGAGGACUGGUCAGACCUGUACAGAAAGGCAUAGACCGUUCUGGAUCGCUGCCUGGCAUGCUUUAAUUUCUCUUCCUGUCCUGCAGGCGUUUGCAGAGGAGCUGCACUGUCGAGUCCGUCGGGAUCUGUGGGGGUACAGCACCGAGGAGGAGCUGCAGACCUCAGACCUGCACAGACUCCGCUAUCAGGGCAUCAGACCAGCAGCCGGAUACCCAAGUCAGCCAGACCACACAGAGAAGACGACCAUGUGGAGCCUGGCCCAGAUCCAGGAGAGGACAGGUGAGAGGCUCACUGAGAUGUCUCUGCUGGAACGGUUGAAUGAUCUGUAGAAUAAGACGCAGACUCUCAGUCUCAGCGGGUCGGUUUGGUCUUUUCUGUUCAACAGGUUGUUGUUCAGCUGCUCAUUUGUUUGGUUUUUCUCUGAUUUGUUUGUGAAAAAGAAAAAAUGACCUUAAACAUCCACAAAUAUUCUGUCUGAAAGAUUUUACUUUUAUUUUGAUGGUGUUUGUUAUAAAUGGCAGUUUCAUGUGUAAUGACCGUGUGUUUGUGUGUUAGGUAUCAGUCUGACUGAGUCCUUGGCCAUGUCUCCUGCUGCGUCAGUCUCUGGACUUUACUUCUCUCAUCCUCAGUCUUCUUAUUUUGCUGUGGGAAAGAUCUCCAAGGAGCAGGUAAGCUCAUCCUCAUCUCUCUUCUAAUACAUGUAAAACCUAUACCAUUAUUCAGCAGUUUUUAAGUACAUAAUGAAAUUGGGGAAGUGAUUCUUCUCAUAUGUGUCUUGGUUUGUGAUAUGUACUGUAUGAUCUUAACUUUUGCACACACUGUGAUCUGUUUGAUGACUAAUCUCAAUGUCUUUGUUUGGGUCAUUUAAAAAGUCUUACAAAGUCCUAAAUUUUCAUUUCAUUUUAUUUAUUAUUUCUUAAAUUUCGAUCUUUGUUUCUUUGUUUUUAGAUUUUAACAUAAACCUCCAGUGUUUCCUUAUCUUGAGUUUUAAAAUGACGUUUCCUCAGUGCGCACACUCCUGUUUCCAUGAAAUCAAGCCCUUUUUAAGUUUCUGCAUUUUAAUACUGUUUCUGUUGCAUUUAGAUCGUGGGGUCGGAAUGAGGGGUUGGGCAGGGGUUGAUUUGGGUCUUCUUUUAAUCUUGGGUUGGGGUAAAUUUGGGUAUUCUUUGUUUCUUUUAUUCCUUUUUCUGUGUGAAGCACUUUGUGCUACUUGUUAUGCUAUGCUAUAUAAAUAAAGACUGAUAGAUCAUUACCUGUGCAGCAGCCCUGGAAUAAUACCCGUGAACAGUGAUGGUAUCCAGAUCAGGAUUUGUGUCAGAUCAGGACCUGGCUCUGACUCAUUGUGCUAUCUCUGCUCAUACUCAGGUGGAGGAUUACUCCAGGAGAAAACAUCUGAGGGUGGAGGAAGUGGAGAGGUGGCUGGCUCCUAUUCUCGGCUACGACGCUGAGGAGUGACACCUCUACAGGAACAAAGCGGAUCAAAGCUGGGUCCAACUGGACCAGAACCAGGUCUACAGUCAGACCAUCAGAGAGCAGCCAGCAGUGACCACAGUUUGUUUAUGAGCAAAAUCAGGCCUUCAUUUACUGCAAUACACUUAGAGUCAUGGUGUCUUAAAUUAUAAGUGCUCUUUAAAAACAUUCCUGUGUCUUUCAGGGUCCUUGUUGUCUUUUACCUCUGGCUGCUUUCUGCUAUAUUUCUCAGCUUUGUAGAAUGAAUUUAGUAGAGGCUGCUGUCAUUUUUCCACUGGUGUUUUUAGUUUCUUAAAUUUAUAGUGAUACUCAGUUAUACUGGUGGUGAUGAGAGGUUGUUUUUACUCCUCCCUUCGUCACAGGUCCUUUGCAAACAGCCUCUUUACCAUUUGUUUUUGACACUUCAAAAUGCUUCCAUACAGCUGACAUGUGGAAGCUCGUGGUUGAUGCACAUAAGCAGCAUCAGUGCAUCACUUUAUCAGCUGUGCAUACAUAUGUGCAGGAAUUUUCAUAUCUGCUGUUACCGUUAAUAUUAAUAACCUCCUUUGCCAUGUCACUGAUGUCUUGAUCAGUGAAAAUCAAACCGAUUCCAGUGUGUUUGUAAGAUCAGGAGUUUUAUUUUGUUUUAUUUCAGUUUUUAUUAUUUUAUUUAAAUGUUUGAACAUCAGGUCAUUGACACUGAGUGAGGUAUAAACACAUUUCAUAUUAAUGUUGAUUACUUGAAAUUUACUUUUCAAUGAUGUUUGUUGUGAAAAUAAUUUGGUCACAUGGUGCAGAAAGGGUAAAAUGUAGAGUUGUUUACAAAAAAAAAACUUAAUGAUUAUUUAACCAAAUAAUCAAUUAAACCCUCCAACAGCUUCAUACUGCCAUCUUACAUUAUGUUUAGGUCAGUUCAACAGAUUUAUCAUCAGGUUACCACAGACCUGCCACACUGUGUAAAUAUAGAUACUCAUCAUAGAAUACAAGGCAUGUAAUGCAGAAAAUAAUCCCAGAGAAAUGGUGUUAGAUUAAAGAUGAACACACACUGAAGAGAUCUAUUUUUACUGCUGAUUACAGUUUCAAAGUACCAAAAGGUCCUUUUUAAUGCCUAACUAAAGUGUCUUAAGAAAACCCGGAAGUAUUAUUUUAUAUCAAGUUUUAUGAAACAGAGUGCCUGUUCAUCUGUUUUUCAGGGGUAUUCAACGGUCAAAGCUGGAGUAAUACCACCUAAACACAACCAGAGCUUUAUUUUUAAAGAGCUUUUAAUCAAAACGAGUUGUUUUGAAGAGCUGUCAACCAGACAGAAAACAAUCAGUUUCAUAUCUGCCUUCAGUAUAAACACAAACUAAUAAUGACACUAAUUAUAAUAAUAAUUGUUAGUAUAAUCUCUACCUUAAGUACAAUCACAAACUGAAUGUAACUGGAUGGUUUCUGUAAAUAUCAGUGAGUUUAAACUGAUUGUUAGCCGUUAGUGAUACAAAGGUUCACAUUUAAAGCUCCUGUGAGGAACUUUCUGUCUGCAUUGACUGGUGCGCCCCUGUGGACAAAGUUGUACCCCUUAUUUUGUUGCUGAUUUUGUCUCCUUCUUGCAAAGAUGGUGUUGAUUCGCAUCAAAUCUACUGUUGUCUUUUUCCAUUGAAGGCUGUUUUCCAUUUGAAGGAGAUACUUCUGUAAUUCAUAAAGUCUUAUUUCUAUGAUUGUUAACAUUGUUAACCCGAUUAACCUGUCAUCAGUGAUCCAGAGUAAAUCUGACCGCAGGUCUGUGUCGUGUACUGAUAUACAUUUCACGCAGGAGUGUCUUAACGCCCUGAAGUGCUGCAGCUCAGCUCAAAUCAGCUGAGUCAGAACUUUGUGUUAUUUUCUUAAACUGUAAAGUGUGUGUGAACCAUGUUGGCACUGGAACAUUGUAAAAAUAAAUGAUACAAAGUGCUGUUGAAAAAAAAUAAAUCAUUUUUAUCAUGUA